AUGACAACAAUUGGAGAAGUCUUUGUUGUUACAUCUUCUGGCUCAGGCCAUUUGUUUCCUUGUAUUGAACUAUGCAAAAAACUUAGUCUUCGGAACUACAAAGCCACCCUUGUCCACCCCUCUAACACAUCAGCGGCCCUAGACUCCGCCCUCGACGACCAGCGUCACUUGAUCGGAACGAUCGAAAUCACCGCCCCGAUAAGAGGACCACCCACAUCCAACACUUCCCCACAACAAAUGGGCGUGGAACUUGAGGCCCACCUCUCAGGUAGGUCCAACGGGCUAAACUUGGCCCACCCAAUGUGUGCCAUAAUUGACUUCCAAAUGGGCUGGACUAAACACAUAUUCUGGAAACACAAAAUUCCGGUUAUCAGCUUAUUCACUUUUGGCGCGUGUGCAGCAUCCAUGGAAUGGGGCGCGUGGACGUCAAACGCAAAUGAAUACAAACUUAAUCCGGGUCAGAGUCAAACUAUACCUGGCUUACCAGAAGAAACGUACAUCGCAUAUCGGGACCUCACGCGCCACCAUAAUCGGCCGGCGAGGACAUCCACCGGCGGAGGAGAUGGGCCACCUAAACCAGGAGAUCAGCCGCCGUGGGUUCCAUUAAUAGAGGGUUCAAUCGCUUUAAUGUUCAACACGUGUGAUGGUCUAGAGCAUCCAUUCAUCAAUUACUUGGAGAAUCAAAUCGGAAUACCAGUAUGGGGUGUCGGCCCGCUCUUGCCCGACAAAUAUUGGGCGUCGAUCAAGUCCAAUACAUUAAUCCACGACCUCCAAAGUAGAAACCCUAACCACCUAACUAAUCAGAGCGAGGAUCGAGUGAAACAAUGGUUGGAUUCAAAAGCCCAAGGAAGUGUUCUAUAUGUAGCAUUUGGCAGUGAAUUGAGCCCUACAAAAGAAGAAUUAAAACAAUUAGCAUGCGCAUUGGAAGAAAUUGCCUAUCCAUUCAUUUGGGUUACUCAAAAUCGUCUAAAUUCAUCUGAAAAUGAAGAGAAAAGUGAAGGAUUUUUUGGAUUGGAUGAUAAAAUUGGUGAAAGGGGAUUGAUAAUUCAAGGUUGGGCACCCCAAUUGCUGAUUUUGAGCCACAAAUCAAUUGGGGGAUUUUUAUCCCAUUGUGGAUGGAAUUCAACUUUGGAGGCGAUUGGAUUUGGCGUUCCGAUUCUGGCAUGGCCGAUUAGGGGUGAUCAGAUUUAUAAUGCGAAGCUGGUGGUUAAUUAUCUGAAAAUUGGGUACCUGGCGUUGCCCAGUGGUUCGCCGGAGAUGGUGAAAAUGGAUUUGUUGAAAGGAAUUGAGAAGGUAAUUAGUGACGAAGAGAUUCAUAAACGGGCAGGAAUUCUCAGAGCCAAAUUUGAACAGGAUUUUCCGGCUACUUUAGAGGGAGCACUGGAUAAAUUCAAAGAUUUUGUAAAAGAAGCCCGGGUUUAA